GCAGGGGGGAAAGGGCUUGGUCGGUAUAGCGCCGGUCUGUCCGUGCGGCUCUGGAAACGGUGCUGCGGGAGUGAACAUAUCCCCCGACGAUGCUUACCUGAGGUCGCCUCGCACAACCCGCCCGUUGAAAAUGUCCGAUGUCGGCAAGACUAUUCAGAAAUGGCACGGCAGCUUUAGAAAAGGCACAGACUUUGAUUCGUGGGGACAGUUAGUGGAGGCUAUAGACGAGUACCAAAUACUCGCACGACAACUGCAAAAAGAGGUUCAGUCAGCGAAUCCAUCAGACUUCACGGAAGAUCAGAAGAAAAUUUUAGGGAAGUUUGCAACAUGCUUGGAGAUGAGGAGUGCAAGUUUGCAGAGCACACAGUCCAAAGAGGAGUUCAAGUUAGAAGACCUAAAAAAACUAGAACCUAUUAUCAAAAACAUACUCACAUACAACAAAGAAUUUCCCUUUGACGUCCAGCCGGUGCCCAUGAGGAAGAUCCUUGCCCCUGGUGAGGAGGAGAACCUGGAAUUUGAGGAGGAGGAGGAUGCCGCCACAGGAGCAGGGUCUCCAGAGGCCUUUCCCUCCAGAGUACCAGGUACGCUGUUGCCGCGGUUACCUUCAGAGCCUGGGAUGACAUUACUUACAAUAAGGAUUGACAAAAUUGGGUUGAAAGAUGCUGGGCAAUGCAUCGAUCCCUACAUGACCAUUGCUGUCAAAGAUUUGAAUGGUGUGGAUUUGAACCCGGUGCAGGACACUCCUGUGGCCACCAAGAAGGAGGACACGUACAUUCACUUCAGUGUGGACGUAGAGAUCCAGAGACAUGUUGAGAGACUUCCCAAAGGGGCAGCUAUCUUCUUCGAGUUCAAGCACUACAAGCCCAAGAAACGAUUUACCAGCACAAAAUGUUUUGCCUUCAUGGAAAUGGACGAGAUCAAACCCGGCCCCAUUGUAAUUGAACUGUAUAAGAAGCCCACCGACUUCAAGAGGAAGAAACUGCAGCUCCUAACUAAGAAACCUCUUUAUCUUCAUCUUCAUCAGACUUUGCACAAGGACAGCUAAGUUACUGAGACGGAGCACGCCGUCGGUCUUUAAGAUGCUUACACAUCAUCAUCAGCAGCAGCAGCAGCAGCAAAGUUGGAUUUCAACAU